AUGGAACGUCCCACGGCGCCUCCUCUCGCCACACGCGGCCUGUCAGGGCUAUCACAGUCGUCGGACCCCAACUCCCCCCUCAGCUCCAUCUCCUCCCCAGCCGAGCAACGCAGCGAUGCCAAACAAAACCUCUUCCGCUCCAUGCGGGCGCUACCCACGCAGCACGUCUGGGCUGUAUGGUUCGACCGCCAGCCCGCCCAGGGCCAACCGCAACAGCAACAGCAGCAACAGCAACAGCAACAAGGAGGAGCAGCAGCAGGGGGCGGUGGUGAAUACCAGGCGCAGCUGGAACAACUCGGGGAGGAGAUCGAGAGCGUACAGGACUUUUGGCGGUACCAGAACAACACCCCCGUAGACCGCAUCAAGAUGCGUGAGAGCAUCUACCUGUUCAAGCGGGGGUUCCGCCCCAUCUGGGAGGACCGCCGUAAUGUUCUGGGCGGCAGCUGGACCUUCCGCGUGCCGAAGAGCAGUGGGCCCGAGGUCUGGAAACAUGUCCAGCUGAUGGCUAUUGGUGAGCAAUUGCAGGGCGCAAUUGUCGGUAAAGAAGACACCCUCUGCGGCGUUGGCCUCUCCGUCCGAUUCAACGCCCACCUCAUCUCCAUCUGGCACCGCGACGCCUCCUCCAAAGCCUCCGUCGACAACCUCCUGCAGUGUGUGCUCGACACUUUGCCGCCGAAUCUCCGCCCUAAGUCGGAUAACUACUUCUACAAGCGCCACGCCGAGCACGCCGGGUUUAAUCCCCCGCCGGAGCUGCAGGCUGUGAUUAACUCGCAGCGGGCGCGCGAGGCUGCUGCUGCCGCGAAGGCGGAAGCUGAGGGUAAGGCUCAGCAGGAAGCUGCUGCUUCUGCUGAGGAGGGAAGCGAGGCUACGGAGGGGCAAUGA